UUUUCUACAGACAGCGCCGAGAGCUGUUUGCCGUAACGUUGGCGUAAAGUUACAUUCUGCUGGAUAGAGGAGAGUUGUAAUCAAUUAUUGUCGUUGUGACCGUCAGCGUUCUCUCAUCUCUAGUCGAUGGACGAAAACGAAAUUUUGUUCGACGAUUUAGACAUUCCGGCGUUCGAUCCGUUUGCUCGUCUGCAACAACGCAUGCAAGGCCAACAAGGCCGUCGAGCGGGCGGCCUGUUUGGCGGCUCGGACGACUCGGACGAGGAAGACGAGGAUGACGAUGCGCAUGCGCAAGACGAUCCGGACGGAUUAGACGACGGGCGAGUGCGUUCAGCGCGUGUGGUGGUCGAGGACGACCUCAUUACGUUUGCUCGAGACGAUUUCGACGAUGUGGGUGUCUAUCAAAUCAUAGAACAGGCAAUGUCGGUUGAUUUCAACUACUACGAGGUGGAGGUGAUGGACUGGGGCGCCCAGGGGAGGAUAGGGAUUGGCUUGGCGAGAGACAAUUAUCCUUUAAAUCGUCAACCGGGUUGGAAUUAUGGAUCUGUGGCGUAUCAUUGCGACGACGGCAAAUUGUUUCAAAAUUCGGGAUUCGGAAGGGCGUUUGCUGCGCCUGCGCAACAGGGUGACGUCAUUGGGUGCGGGAUCGAUUACAGUGCUGAGGCAGUGAGAGAUCGUGUGAGAGUGUUUUUUACUCGGAAUGGGUCCGAGAUCGGUCAGGCGUUGGUCGAAGUGCCACCGACGGGAUUUUUCCCGACUGUUGGGUUGCAUAGUAGUGGAGAGUCGGUGAGAGUUAACUUGAGAGCGAGAUGGCCGCCAGAGCAAGAUGAUGAAAUGAUUGGUGAUGAUCAAGAUCCAAAUGCCAAAUGGAGUCGUCUCUCUAAGGUCACCAAGAAAGACGGUCUCCUCUCAUACAUCGGUCUUGGCCAAUCGGAUUCCGACGGCGGCAUAGCACAAAGCUGUGUUCCUCUCACUCAUUGCAAUCACUACUUUGAGCUCGAGAUUGUGGACUCAGGAGACAAGGGAUACGUUGCAAUAGGCAUCGCUCGCCAAGAUUACCCAACAUAUCGACAUCCAGGCUGGAACCCUGGCUCAGUAGCUUAUCAUGCGGACGACGGCAAGUUGUUUCAUGGCGAAGGUCGUGGGCGAGAGUUUGGUCCUUCGUGUCACCAAGGCGACCGGAUGGGAUGUGGCGUACAGUUUCUCAAAGACGACGACGACGACGAUGAUUUGGAUGACGGAGAGUCCGAGGAAGACGCCGGAGAAGGAAGGAAAAUCGAGGUGUUCUUUACGCGGAACGGAAAGCGUGUGGGAAAGGAGAUAGCGACCGUUCCUAAAGGAGGCUUCUUUCCGAUUAUCGGGAUGCUUAGCAGGGGCGAAAAGGUACGCGCCGUUUUGACUCCUUUGUCUGGAUGAUUUGUACACUGAAUGGUAGACGUAGAUGGUUCGUGGAAUUUAUUAGUUUUCUUAGUGGCUGAUGCGGCGUGACUGCGAAUGUCUUUGGGAUAGUUUGUGCUAUUAUUAUUGUAUUAUAUGAUACCUGUACCGUAAUUUGUUAGAAAUAUAGGGCAGGAUGUGGCAUCACAUUGAUUAUGCUUGUA